AUGUCGUCCAAAGCAAUUCCGUCACACCUUCGUACUCAGGCUGGGGCAGGGAAUGGAGCGUCUGAGGGUGAUGCUACUCGAAAGCAUCACGGAAAAUCACAAUCCCACGUGGCAUUUGAGAAUACUUCAACCAACGUCGCUGCCAGCCAGAUGAGGAAUGCUCUCAACAUGCUCGCGGACACGGUCAAAGACCCAGACGAGAAGAAGCGAUUUGAGACGGAAAUGGACAAUUUCUUCUCUCUGUUCCGACGAUGGCUCAACGACAAGGCUAAAGGCAACACCAUCAACUGGGAGAAAAUCGCGCCUCCUGCACCUUCUCAGGUUGUAGCUUAUGAUGAUCUGCCUAACUCAAACGCAGUUGAGUUUCUCAACAAGCUUGCUGUUGUCAAGUUGAACGGCGGUCUUGGUACUUCUAUGGGCUGCGUUGGUCCGAAAUCUGUCAUAGAGGUUCGUGACGGCAUGUCCUUCCUUGACUUGUCCGUUCGUCAGAUCGAGUAUCUCAACCGCACCUACGAUGUCAACGUUCCUUUCGUUCUGAUGAACAGCUUCAACACUGAUGGAGACACUGCUUCCAUCAUCAAGAAAUACGAAGGUCACAACAUCGACAUCCUCACCUUUAACCAGUCACGCUACCCACGUGUCCUCAAAGACUCACUCCUUCCUGCUCCCAAGACCUACGAUUCCCCGCUGUCUGACUGGUACCCCCCUGGACACGGUGAUGUCUUUGAAUCUCUCUAUAACAGCGGUAUCCUUGACCAGCUCCUCGAACGUGGCAUCGAAAUCAUCUUCUUGUCCAAUGCUGACAAUCUUGGCGCUGUCGUCGAUCUCCGUAUUCUCCAGCACAUGGUUGAGACUAGGAGCGAAUACAUCAUGGAGCUUACAGACAAGACUAAGGCUGACGUCAAGGGUGGUACGAUCAUUGACUACGAAGGAACUGUCCGUCUGCUCGAAAUAGCCCAAGUUCCCAAAGAACAUGCGAACGAAUUCAAGUCGAUCAAAAAGUUCAAGUACUUCAACACCAAUAACAUCUGGAUGAAUCUUCGUGCAGUCAAGCGUGUCGUGGAGAAUAGCGAGCUUGAGAUGGAAAUCAUUCCUAAUGACAAGUCUAUGCCCGCAGACAAGAAGGGUGAGGCCGAUAUCUCCAUCGUCCAGCUUGAGACCGCUGUUGGAGCCGCCAUCCGACAUUUCAAGAAUGCCCAUGGUGUCAACGUUCCUCGCCGCCGCUUCUUGCCAGUCAAGACUUGUUCUGACUUGAUGCUUGUCAAAUCUGAUCUUUACACCUUGCAGCACGGCCAGCUAGUGAUUGACCCAAGUCGAUUUGGUCCUGCUCCGUUGAUCAAGCUCGGCUCAGACUUCAAGAAGGUUGCACAAUUUCAGAAGCGUAUUCCGUCCAUUCCCAAGAUUCUUGAGCUUGACCAUCUCACCAUCACUGGCAAUGUGAACCUCGCUAGAGGUGUCAUCCUGAAGGGAACUGUCAUCAUUGUUGCGACUGAAGGCAGCACCAUCGACAUUCCACCUGGAAGCAUUCUUGAGAAUGUCGUUGUGCAGGGAAGCUUGAGGAUCUUGGAGCAUUGA